CACAAUGGUUUGUGUAUAAACACCUCAACACUGCAUCGAGUUCAACAUCGUAACUUAAACAACAAUGUCAUAUCUCAUUCCCAGUUUUCCUCGUUUUCAAUUUCCAAACCCCAAUUUCUUUCGACACCUGCUCUCUUCAAACUCGACUAGGCUAUACUCUCAAUUCCAUGUCGAUGACGAAGACAAUCUCGUUUCUUCGUUCAAUCGCCUGCUCCAUCAAAAUCCGACUCCAUCCACCAUCUUUGAAUUUGAAGGGUUAUCACCCAGAUGCCAUAACUUUGAAUACAAUCAUCAAGGCUCUCUGUCUCAAAGGUUACCUGCACCAAGCAUUGCACUUUCAAGCUGGUUGCACAGGGAUUUCAUUUGAACCAAGUUAGUUAUGGGACAUUGAUUAAUGGCUUAUGUAAACUUGGAAAAACAAAACAAGCCUUACAAUUGCUCAGAUGGGAAGUUGGUUCAACCUGACGUACAUUACAAGUGGAUGGGAAGUUGGUUCAACCUGACGUGGUAAUGUACACUAAAAUUAUUGAUAGUAUGUGCAAAGAUAAACUUGUUAACGAUGCAUUUAAUUGCUAAGAGAAUCUCUCCGGAUGUUUUUACUUAUAAUUCAUUAAUCUAUGGCUUUUGCAUUGUGGGUCAACUGAAAGAUGCAAUUGGUUUGUUCAAUCAAAUGAUAUUGGAAAACAUAAACCCUGAUGUGUAUAACUUUAAUACAUUGGUUGAUGCAUUUUGUAAGGAAGGAAAAGUCAAAGAAGCUAAAGCAGUGGUCACUCUGAUGAUGAAAAAAGGCGUCAAACUUGACGUUGUUACUUAUAACUCUUUAUUGGAUGGAUAUUGUCUGGUUAAACAAGUGAACAAGGCCAAUGAUAUAUUCAACGCUAUGACCCAGAGUGGAGUGACUCGUGAUACUCAAAGCUACAAUAUCAUGAUUAAUGGGUUUUGUAAGAAUAAAAUGGUAGAUGAAGCUAUUAAACUCUUCAAAGAAAUGCAUUGCGAAACAAUCAUCCCAAAUACAAUAACUUACAAUGCCCUCAUUGAUGGCUUGGGCAAAUCAGGUAGAAUCUCACCUGCUUUGGAGCUUGUUGAUGAGAUGUGUGAUAGAGGUCAACCACCUGAUAUAGUUACUUACAAUUCUUUAUUGGAUGCUUUAUGCAAAAACCAUCUAGUCGAUAAGGCAAUUGCAUUGUUAACAAAAUUUAAAGACCAAUGUAUUCAACCGGGUGUGCACACAUACACUAUUCUUAUCAAGGGACUGUGCCAAAGUGGAAGACUAGAGGAUGCGCAAAAAGUUUUUGAAGAUCUUUUGGUCAAAGGCUACAACCUAGAUGUCUAUACAUAUACUGUUAUGAUCCAAGGGUUUUGUGACAAGGGCUUGUUUGAUGAAGCGUUGUCCUUGCUGUCAAAAAUGAAAGACAGUGGCUGCAUUCCAAAUGCUAAAACUUACGAAAAAAUUAUUCUUUCUCUUUUUAAAAAAGAUAAAAAUGAAAAGGCAGAGAAACUUCUUCGUGAAAUGAUUGUUAGAGGUUUGUUUAAAUAAAAUUAGGUAAGAUGAUUGUAUUUUGCACAUUACUAUUUUAAACUUAUAUUUCGGCCUGAUUACAUAAUUUCACCCAGUCUCGUAUUUAGUGGUUC